GAUUACAGACGACAAUUUCCAUUUCUUCACCUUCCCCAAAAUUACAAGUUAGAGCGGAUUACUAUCUGUGAUUAAAAAAUAUGAAAAUUGUUUGGGAAUUUCUAAUGAUUUUGUCGGCAACUCUAUCGCCUUCUGUUGGUGAACAAAUUCCAGAUUUGACGGUCGCUUUUCAGCAGUAUGUAUCUGCCUGUACUUCUAGUCGACUUUGUUCUACAAGGUGGAACGUUUACCCUCCUCUGAAAUCAAACGUUACACUUCCCGCGGCUUGUCCCCAAUGUGACUGUGACAAGUCCUGUGUUUUUCGAGGGACUUGCUGCCCAGACCUUCUCUUCUCCAAAAAGGCCAUUCCGAAGUGUGUGGAUGUUAAUGUCAUUGGAAAUGGAUCAGUUGGGUACUAUAUGGUUCCUUCAUGUAACAAACAAGACUCAUGCUCAGAACAACCGUUUGAUGUCAAAAUAAAAAAUACCCCCGUGAGUUCCAUCGAGACAUUUUAUUCCUAUCAAACAAAGGAAAUUGCAGAAAAAUACGAAAAUCCCGACUCUCUGAGACAGUGGGGAGUAGAAUUCAUUUGUAACAGUUCAGUAGAUAUUAACUUUAUUUCUGAUUAUUCCGAACUGUUAGAGACUGUCAAAGAAGAAGAUUGCAGGGUUAUGUAUACUCCAAGCUCUUUGGUUCAAGUCCAGAAAUGCAGCCCCACAGUUAACACAGUGAGUCAUUGUAAUAAGACAGGACUAUGGAAAAUGUAUGAUUCUGGCGUUGACUGGGCUUGCACAAAUCUCGUUCAUCAAUCAGGAAUUUUCAAGAACAUUUUCUGCCGCCUUUGUAAUCCACCAAGGGUCCCAAAAAGUGAAGUUUCUUUGAUAUCGGUUUGUAACAAAACUGGAUUAUGGCGGAAUUUUGAUAAAGAAAUUGAAGUGGCAUGUACGUUAGGACAAAAAUCACAUGUCACAUACCCUUUUAAGAACAUAUUCUGUCGAACAUGCAAUACUGACAGUGAAAAACCAGUACUAUACAAGGAAGUGAAAGGAAUUAUCUCGGAAUUCAAUGGAGAACUUGGAUAUAUUUACCAUGUUAACAUGACCGGCUUCGCAGAUGAAGAAGUAACUAAACUCAAACAAAUGUUCGAAGCAGACACACUUUCACAGAGUUAUUCAAACAUGAUUUGGAGAGAUGGGCAGUGGAUAAAUAAAUCGAAACUCGUAACACAGUACCAAGCAAUAACUGGAGGUAGCAAAUGCGAUCAAUCCAUUGUAUAUAGUUGUGUUUGCGAUCCAUCAUGUUUCGAGGACUUAUCGAAGAAUUGUUGUGUGGAUUUUCUUCUUCAAUAUACUUUGGAUUCUCCACAUUUCAAAUAUGCAACAAAUUUCUUAUUACAAGACCUUGUAGCUAUAUCAUCAUGCAAUGUUACGAACGUUUUUACGUCCAAAUGCCUCAAUCCAUCUGAAGACUUUUUGGAAUCUUUUCCAGUGACAGAUAUAUCAGAAAAUCUUCAUUUCCGCAGUGUCUACUGUUUUCUGUGCAACCAGAAGAAUCUCUCUGACUUUGCUGCAAGCAUGAAAAACGUCGUACCAUGGAAUAUUACCAUCAACAGCUCAGAAAUACUGGACAUCCAGUUCUAUACCUCAGUUAUGGAUAUCACAAAAACAGCCUCUCUAUCCAAACAUGACGUCAUAUUGACUCCUCCAAUACCUCACUGGCCAAAGAGACCAGAGAGUGGGUUGGAAAAGAAUACUUGUAAUAGUACUGGAAGAUGGAGAACACUUGAUACCAACAUAUCAUGGGCCUGUUCAUCAUUCUAUCUUCCGUUUGAAACAUAUUACAACGCCUUCUGCAAAAUUUGUAAUCCAAGUGUAGUUAGUCCAAGCAGAGUUCAAAUAUGUAAUGUCACAGGAAAAUGGGAUCGUUUGGAUGACAAAAUUAAGAGUGUAUGCGCAUCAUUUCCAGAGAUGAGUGCGUCAUUUCCUUUUAAAAAUAUGUUCUGUAGAUUCUGCAAUUCUCCUUACACGACCUAUGAAGAAAUUAAAGUGCAACCUACUAAAGCGGCACCACCCGCUACCCUUCGCGACAUCUUCAGCGUCUUCAGUGUAUUCCAGAGGGAAGAGACGAGGAAAUGCAGUCCAUAUCACUUUAAAAAUGCAGGGGACACCUGUAGAAAAAUUAGAUGUUAUCCAGGAAAAAUUCUCACAGAAGAAGGAUGUGUUCCUCUGCUUCCAAUCACAAGAAAUCUCAAUUACACCGUCUACUUCAGUGCUUCGAUAUUCAAUUUUACAGGAAAGGGUGUCGCUGAAAAUCUGAUGCUAGAAUUUUUCAGUGUCAUCAAGUCAAUUAUUAAAGUAAAUGCUUCAAACAUUUUAUAUCAUUCAAAGGCCAAAGAGCUGACGAUUAAUGGUGAAACAACUGUAGACAUUGAAAUUAAUUUCUUUGUGAAAGAUAUGAUCCAAAGGCUGGAGUCAGAAAAGUCGCUCUUAGAGUUAUGGAAAAAGCCCAUAAAAUAUUUAGAAAAACAAAAUCCGUAUUAUUCUGAAAUUUUACAUUUUUUAACACCAAAUAAAACCAAUUUCGACAAUCAGCCAGACCUUUUGGCAGAAAAAAUUCACCCACAAAACGUUUCUCAAGGAGAGAGAUCCUAUCGUAACGUUAUUAUUGCCCCUAUUAUCCUUUGCAAACAAGUUGAACUGAAUGAAUUUGAAAUUGAAUUUGAUGACAACAACCGGAAGUUGAUCAGGAUUAUCAAAUCAGACGUCACGUUAGAGGAAAAUAAUUACUAUGUCACCGAAAAUAAGGGCUACGCUGUAUGCUUAGACGUGAUCUGUGUUGAUUCCAAUUGUUCGCCGUUGGUUUCGGAGUUAAAAGAAUCGGCGCUCCAGGAAGCAUUGCGAAUAUUCACAAUUGUUUGUACAGUCCCCUCUCUUUUGUGCCUCAUCUUAACAUUUACUCACUAUUGUCUUUUCAAGAAACUUCGCACAUUACCAGGGAUUCAUGUCAUGUCGCUGACAGUUUCGUUAUUUUUCUCUCAGUUUUUCUUUCAGUUUUUCCUUAGAAAAGAUUUCCAAGGUGACACAGGUUGCCAGAUUGUAGGAAUGAUUAUUCACUAUUGGUGGCUGGUGAUGUUUUGUUGUUAUGGUCUCAAUGGAUUUCUUAUGUUUAUGGCUUUUAGAGGCAAGAUAACCUUUCGGUCUGACGAUCGUCGAAUAAGCAAGAAACACUUUGCCUUUUCCUAUGGACUUCCAUUGGCUAUUGUCAUGCUUACCGUCAUUAUCAAUUUAGCUGCCUCUGGAGAUUCGGGUUAUGGUUUAGAUUCCAUAUGCUUUCUCAACAACAAAGUUUCUUUGAUAGUUACAUUUGUGUUGUUGAUAGGUAUUAUCUGCCUGUGGAAUAUUGUGGUGUUCUGCGUCGUUGUAUACAAACUUCGGAUGUACCAAAGGACACAGGAGACGCUGGGAAUAGAUCAAGCGGGCAAAGACAUGUUUUCCUUAUUUGUCAAAUUAUUCUCCAUUUCAGGUAUUUCUUGGAUAUUGUUCUUGGUUGAUGCUUUUAUUCCAACGAUCACAGUCUUUUCUUUCAUUGUAACAUUUGUAAACUGUCUGCAAGGUGUUCUGUUGUUCUGCCUGGAAGUCUGCCAAAAAAAAUCCAGAAAUUUAUAUAAGAAUUUCAGAGAAUCGAGGCAGAUAACGAGACCGCGUCAAUCAUUUUCGCAAAGCAGACGGAGUGUUUUGGAGAAUGCCAGAAGAACUUUACGAGAUCGGUCUAACAGUUCUGAAUACGACAACUCGGCUUUUUCCAGCAUUGGUGAUGACAGUGGCAACACAAUUAUCUCCACAACAUAGUUUGUUCUAUUGCUACUAAUACUCAAUGUCUAAAUUAUGAAAACUCUGGCUUACUUUAUCUGUUUCUUCUCCGUAUACCUCUUGAUACAUGUAAUAUCGAUGUCAUGUAGCACUUGUUUGAUCUUCUGCCAAAUUUUAUGAAUAUCCUUUGUCUAAUUUAGAAUUUACAUUAUUGUUACAGUGUAAGUUUUGAAUUUACUUGAUAUUUUAUCAUGUUAAUUUCAUACUAUCUUUUAUGAUGUGACGUUCACCUUAUUCAACAUUUACAACACGCAAGUACAAUCAGCAUAGGUUUUUGAUAUUAUAUAUUCAUUAUUAUUUUGCCAUUGAAAUUUAAGAUUAUCUUUCAUUCCA